UGUCGUGCUGUCGGAGGAUAUCUUCGAGUCUGGUGACUGCAGCAGUCGACAUGUCUCGUGCUCUGGUGUUCUCUACUGUGGUGGCAGUCCUGCUGGGACUGGCCAGCGCCGGGUACCUGGGUGGCUACAGCGGUACCGGCGGCUACAACAGCGGGUACGGCGGGUACAGCGGUGUCGGAGGCUACGGCGGCUACGGAGGCUACGGCGGCCAGGGAGUAUUCGGCAGCGGAAGGAGCUACGACGGAUACAACAGGCACGCUGGUCUCGGCGGCAACGGCGGGUUGGGAAGCUACGGCACCGGCUACGGAGCGUACGGCAACGGCUACGAAGGUUACGGGGGCUACGGUGGUUAUGGCAAGGGUUACAGCGGCCUCGCAGGCUACGGUGGCACUGGAGCGUACGGCAAUGGCUACGAAGGAUACGGGGGCUACGGCAGUUACGGUAAGGGCUACGGCGGCCUCGCAGGCUACGGCAAGGGCUACAGCGGCGCUGGAGUGCACGGCAGUGGAAACGGUGACCAAACCUACUGGGGAUGAAGAACUCAACGGCUCUACAUUCUCGACCUUUAUACGCUGGAACCCAAUAAACAAGGAAACGUCGAUGAACUUCAACAACUAGCAGCAUUUCUCAAGUCUAUUCUUAUAACUAAAAUAUUAACUGUAUUUUCAAAUAAAAAAUUAGUUAUUUUAAUAAAGUAAAUUUUAU